GGCAGCACGGCAGGUCGUUUCCGGCUAAGGGGCUGAGGAGAGGCGGUGGUGGUGGCGUUCGACUCCGCUCCGCUUCUCUCUUGAUGCCCUGAGGGUCUUCCCGGCCCGGUACUGCAGUCUUUCCUCACUAUGGAGGCAGAGGAUGACUUGGAUGAUCCAGAGAGAUUAAUACAGUGUCCAUAUGAUAAACAGCAUCAAAUCAGAGCCUGUCGUUUUCCCUAUCAUCUUGUAAAGUGCAGGAAGAGCCACCCUGAAGUUGCAAAGUUAUUGGCCACGUGCCCCUUCAAUGCUCGCCAUCUAGUUCCACAAGCCGACCUCGGUGAUCACAUAUCAAAGUGCAGGGACAAAGGGUUCAUUGAGCAUGAUAUAGCGUAUUGUUCCUCUGGCUUCCAAAGAGAUGAGGUGAAUGCUGUAAGCACAUGGCAGGCACCUCCAUGUGAUGAAGACUGGGAAACAGAGUUGCUAGAGCAGCCAAAUUCCCCUUUUGUUUGGGGUAUGACCAACUCUGGUAUAAACAGUUGCAGUGUCACCUCUGGACAAAAGAAUUACCUUCCUUCAAGUGUACGUGCACCUGAGUCCUCCCCGUAUACUGCAUCGUGGAAAGAUUUGCUUUGUGACAACUACAUGGACAGGAGAGAUACUAUAUAACAUUCUUCUUGAGAUUUUCCUAAGGAAUCUGAUGUUUGGAUUAUCUUCUGUAUCCUUUCUCUGAAGCAUUCUUUGUAUAUUUUAUUUAGUGUUCCUGACAGACUUCUUUAGAGUGGUGCCGAUUUAAGUAGCCCUGCUACGCAGUCACUUCAGCCUCAACUCUAAACAAGUCCAUCCUUGCUACCCUCUGCUCAUGCACACCCUCCCCACUUAGGCCAAAUGAUUUUCCUGUCAGUGAGCUCAGAGUAGGGGUAAAAUUGGGACUGCUUAAACCAGCACUGCUAGGGAGAAAAAAUAUCUAACUGCACGUGAAGGUGGGAGGAAGAGAGCUUCAUGUUGAAGUGACAGGUGCUGAAAUCACAGAAGUCCUCCCAGGAGAGGAAAAGUAAGAAACAGCAACAUGAGGGUUUGUACAUAGUGCUGAAAUGUGGUACCUUGGUCUGAUACUUUAAAACAAGCUUAUACAUUUGCAAAAGAGGUGCAUUCAGGGUUAUAUGCUUAGGAUGAUAAUGUUUGGUGUCAGCUGUAAGUGAACAGAUGUAGUUAUGCUGAGAGCAGGGAAAUGCCCUGCAUAAACUGCAGCUUUGCAUGAAUUCAGGUCUUGAUGUAGAGAACUUUUGUAGUCCCAUUUCAGUGGGAGCUGGGAACCACACAACAGAGGAAUUUCCAGGUAUUUCUACUGUGCACCUUAAACAUAGGUCCUGUACCUGCAGAGCAGCACUAUGUGUUCCUCCUUUCAGAACUGUAGGUGUCUCAAGUGAUCUCUGUGGAUGCUGGAUAUCUGGAAAAAUACUAGGUUUUUUGCUGAGGAGACACAGAAAAAUUUUCUCUGUAGUAACCAGCAGCCAUAAGAUUUUUGGUUAGUGAAGUCAUAUUUGACGGUCUUUUAUAGCCCGCAGAGCAUAAAAUAUGUUGUGAGAGUUUCUUCAGCCUUGAAGGAGGCUGAGACUUCUUAUUGCAUCUCUGCAUAAAGAUUAGUAAAGAUAAUUUGGAUCAAACCUAGAAGUCUAUUUCUGUGCAUGCACUUUCUGCACAGAUCUUGUCAGCAUCUGAGUGUGUCCACUAAGGAUAAAUUUGGGUUUUAUGGUAUAUUUUCAUUUACGGACACUUCUGUCUUCUUUCUAGAAAGCAUCGUGAUCGUGUCACUGCAGCCUCAAGCCAUAAGCCGUCACUCUGUCGUGUGGGUGCAUGGUGUUUCAAUUCAUACAAUAAUGGGGAAUCCUCUGUGAAUUCCUUACAACGUGCAAUUAUAACAUGCAACCCUUACAACAUGCAAUUAUGCAGUCCUUACUAUAUGCACGUACACAGCUGAAAUCUAGACUUAAGUACUUGUCUAGUUUCCAUUAGAGUUUUGCAGUUCUUAUUUGGAGAAAAGUUUUCCAAUGCUCAGAGCAUGUUUGAAAGCUCUAACAUAACUGUUCUUUCCUGGGGUGGGAAAAAGUUUAGUUCACUAUCAGUACAUCUAGGACUGUGGAAUUGUUUGGAUUAAACAGUAUGUUUCUAAAAAUGAAUGCAAAGUGCAAAAUAAAAUCUAAAGUACAAGCCCAAAAAACUAAGAAACAGCACAAGGUAUUUGUCUAGAAUAAAGUUAAUGCCACUGAUGUUUUGAAAAGAGUGCUCCUCAAAAUACUGACUUCUUACCAUUAGUGUUACUGCCAGUGUAAAAUAAUGUAUGUUGACUAGCAUAAUGUGCAAAAUUAGGAUUGGUUCUGUCAAGGCUCUUGUUGUUCAGAAUGACAGUUCAUAAUAAAAAGAUUUUGAAUCACA